GAGUGACAAGCCCGCUCCCCGAGCGCCGCCAUGAUUGCCACGGGCGGCCUGCUGCGUAUGAACCGGCGCCAGGAUUCCCUGCGCUCCAAGAACCGCGCCGAGAACAAGAAGAAACGGAAAUCAAAGAAGAAGAAGAAGAAUGAUGUGGUGGUGGUGAAGGGCAAACUGAACCUCUGCUCACCUGCUGGUCUGGUAGCGGCCGUCGGGCUGGUUGUCCUCAUGGUGGGCAUUUCCAUGGCUGUUCUAGGGUACUGGCCCAGCCAGAACCAGGAGAAAUAUCAAGAGCGCCGCCGGACGGGGGUGCACCAUGGCAGGAUGAGUUACUCCCAAAGCCCCAACGCAUCCUCCAAUGUGGGCCGAGAUUCUCUCAACCUGCUGAACCAGAGCCACUCCAACGGCAGCGACCUGGCUCCGUCCCAUGCCCACUGCGGCUUUCUGUGCGACUUCCUCGACAACUACCUGUACUCCGACAACCUCAAAGUCUUCGGACCACUGGUGAUGGGCAUCGGGAUUUUCCUCUUCAUCUGCGCCAAUGCUGUCCUUCACGAGAACCGCGACAAGAAAACUAAAAUCAUCAACCUGAGGGAUAUUUACUCCACGGUUAUAGACCUGCACAGCGUUCGCUCCAAGGAGUACUCACCUCUCAACGGUUUGGUAAACUACACCCAGUCCAAGAGCGCAGAGGGUCCAUCGGGGGGCCACCUGGCGGGCCGCAGUUCCUGGCCCUCCUCUGCCGCAUUGGGCAGUGACGAGGUGUUCCGGCGUCCGUCGCGUAGUUGGUCCAAGGACGUACAGACCUUCACUGACACAGUGUACAGCAUCUACAAGGACUACAGCAACGGCAGCGAAGAGGCCCCCCAGCCCCGCCAAUGGGACCCCACCUCCAUCGUCACCUCCUCGGUCAACGCCUUCACCCUGCCGGUCAUCAAGCUCAAUAACUGCGAGGCGGAGGAAGACGUGGUGAUCGAGGCGGAGGAUAACCACGAGGAAGCGCAGGGUGACGAAGAAAAGACGAUUCCUCUGCCCGAGGACGUACCUGCCCCUGAGCCGCCCCAGUUGUUCCCACCGUCCCCGGUCGUCAGGGCGAUGGGCUCACGCCUAUCCCUCAAUUCGCUCACGGACCCUCCGAGGUCAGCGCGUCGCUGCAGCCUGUCGGUGAACGUGUGCCACCAGAGUGAGCGGGUCAGGCGCUUCAGCUGUCCCCGCCUGGAGCGCUCCAACAGUAAGGGCUACUUCAAACUAAGCGAUCUUGGGGGCGAGUCUUUCGAAGCACCCGACACUUCUUUAGAGAGGGACGGCGAGCAGGAAGUAGCAGUGACGGACACGGCGGCAACCGUGGAGGAGGAUGCUCAGGAAGGCAAGGGACAGGCGAUACCCAGUACUUCUACAGAAUCCUAAAAGGAAUCCUGAGAAACUCUUAGAAGCCCCUUUCACACUGUUAACCAUUGAAACGGCAUUUCUUCAGCUCUGGUAUAUGGCCAUAUCCACAUAGCCACUGUAGGUUCACACCCUCAGAUAAUUAGAUGCAUGGUUAGCAUCAGACAGAUACAACUGCUUUUACCACAAAAGGGAGUGUGGCCAGUGGGUUUCGGGUAUUGAUCCUUAUACACAACUGGUGUUAUAUCUCUCAUAUUUUGUUGAAAGCUAGCAAAUUCGAAGCAGCAGGUGUCAAAGUCCGGUCCUUGAGGGUCACUAUCCAGAAUGUUUUCCCUUCUCCAACGUAGCUGAUUCAAAUGAUCAGGAUUGUUAUCAGGCUCCUGCAGAGCUCGCUGAUUAGCUGGUCAAGUGAAUUAAGUGUGUUAGAGAAGGGAGAAAUAUAAAACAUGCAGGGUAGGUAGCCUUUAAAACCAGAGUUGGGCACCUGUGUUCAAAAACUCUCAUAAGCCUCUUUCACACUGCCCAACCAUUGAGCCGACAAAUUCACAAGUUGAGGUGAGCCCACCAGCAUCUGUAGCCUACACGCAGGACAGCAAGCCAAGAAAAGGCUGAGAUCAGCAUUGUGAAUGGGGCUGUUAGCGCAAAGGAAUGCUUCCUUCGAUAUUAUGUCAGGAGUCAACAAAUCUGUGGGACAACGGCAAUCUGAGAUGCACUGAACAUAGAAUAGCGAAUUUAGAAUAAAGCUGAUUGAAGUGGGUAAGACAACACAAAAAUUGCUUUGUGGAACCUUUAGGUCUCUGAAACCAACUAAUUUCCGGUUGACAUCAACACCGCUGCAUUUAGCGUCAGUUCCCAACAUACAGAAUAGUAAGCAGAACAAAACAAAACCAAAAAAUACCAUGGAUGGACAGUGUUAAAAGAGAUUUUAACCCAAGGGGAUAGUCCUUUUCACAUAGCUGCCAUUCUGCCACUCAUCUAUUACAUCAAAUGCCAUCAGACGUGUGGGUUUACCUCACCUGACGAUUAUCCCAGUAACUUACACAAAGAGCAGUGAGCUGGGAAAACAGUUUACAUGGGCAGUAUGUAACGGGCUUUGGACACAAAGUGGUGGUCCUUUCCACUCAUCGUUGAGACUAUGAAGCUGGCGAGUUCGCAGAUGACACAACUGUACUUGACGCGGAGGAGAGCGAGAAAAUGCCUGCAGAGACGGCCAGUGUGAAAGGAGCUACAGUCUGUCUUUGCUUCAUAUUUUCCGGAAGCGAGACUUGACAUCAUCCUCAUGAAGAUUGAAAGGGCAACGCACCUCCUUUUCCGCACACACCACAACUCAACCGUUCAGAUUUGAGGUGGGGGGGGGGGGGAAUGUCGCUUGUUACAAGCACAGACGUUACUGGAAGGCGACUGACUGAAGCACCUGUAGCAUCAAACUUUAAAAGUCUACACUUGUCAAGAUGAAACUCAGGUAGACGCUUGAUUUAGGAGCCGGCGUGGACCUCCAUGAGGGGGACGGCGUCUUCUCUGCACACUUCACUACAUGGUGGACGAACUUUUGAACUACAACUACAAUCCCCACCGACCCUCCCCUUUUGGCCCCUCAUCUCCUAACACUAGCAUCCUAUUGUGCACAAGCGAAUGCGAAGUAGAUUGUUUGCGCCAAAUAGUUUCACUUGCAUCAUGGAAAAGCAUUAAAAGAUAACAAAAUAAGUUUGA